AAAAAAAAAAAAAAAAAAAAAAAAAAAAAAAAAAAAAAAAUUUAACUCGACGUUUUCAAAUAAAAAAUAGAUGAAGAGUAGCCAACGUCAAGCUCUUAGGAUUCUAAUGAUUUCAUUCAUUUCAGGUUUUUCCAUGGAAAAUGAACCAAAACUAUCUGUUAUGAGCCGAAAGCUCCAAGGGUCUUAAGUAGCUCAUAAAGAGAAUAUAAAAAGAGCAAACGCUUGUAGAGUUUGAACAUGAACUCAACAUCGUUCUUCAUGAUUGAUGAGACUGAUUGCAGCGAGAAGACCAUGGCCAAAACUAUGUAGUUCUUCAGCCUUGCUUCCUCUAAACUUUUCAUUCCUUUUGCCCGAAUCUUUUUUACUGGUCAACAUAAUUUUCCCGUGUCAUAUCACCAUACUAAGCAAAAAUGAAAAGAGAUAGACCCAAUGGAACAUGGAUUCCCAGUGUGCUUAUUCCCAUUAAGGAAUUCCGAGAGCAGAAUCCCUUUCUAAGAAGGAGCUAUGUCCUGAAACUUUCAAUCAGUCAUUGGAAACUCGGAUGGCUGCAAAGGCUCUAGGUAAGGAUUUUAAUCGUUCAACGUACAAAAACCACUCGCCGUUUUUUCACCACCUUAGUUGUACCUUGAAAGCCAUCGACCGAGCAUAAUCAAAGGGAUAGGGAGAAUACUUACCUGUCAAAUACUUUUCUCGGUCAUGUAUAGCAUCCUCCAUCGUAUGGAUUUUUUUCUUUCAUUGUAUUAUACUUACUAGGCAGUGUUUUCAUGAAGCAAAAUUGAAACCAAAUCAGGAAUGCGACCCCUUCGCUAUUGAAAACUCAAGCCUUCAUUUUCUUUUCUUUCAAUCCAUUUCUAUUUAUUCCAUAUCCUCCUCAUUUCGUUUAUCGUAGCUGUUGCGUAUGAUAAGCCAAUGUUUCUCCAGGUCAAACAAACAUGUCCUUAUUUUUUAUUUCAAAGAGGUGAUUAAAACGCAAGAAAGAAAUUAGUAAAUAAAAAAAUUAUAUAUAUAUAUAAGCAAUCCAAGCCUGCGACUUAAAACUCCUGGUGUUUUGGCAUGAUGUUUUGGGGGCAUUUAUGCGAAAUGUGGGGCUUAGGUUAAAUCUGAUCUGAUUAGAGCUAAAAAUCAUCUUAUCUGAUGACUACGAAAUGUUUAUCAGAUCAAUAGCCAUUGGCUAACGCUUCCGCUUAAAUUUGCAAGUUUCUCUCUUCAUGGGAAAUUCGGGAAUAACCUUGCGUUAUCGAAUGAGUUAUCUUCAAUGAAACAAAGGUUCAAAGAUCCCUCGAACAUUCCGAAUCCACGUUCUGGUAUCAUCUUAUUUCACCACAAAGUCUCAAACGAUCAACGUCAUUUAAGUUUCCACCGAUUGCAAUAAAAAAGGUAUAAAAAGGGCUCCAUUCACGACUUCGGUCUUCAUACAAUUGGGACUCUUUUUACUUUUUUUAUCUGAUUUUUCUGUAACAAAAUGACUGGUGAAUACGGAAAAGAAAAAGCUCUUAUUAACCAUCUAUUCUCUUUGCCUCCUGAGAAAUUGGAUGCAAUUCGUGGAAAACCUGACUUGGUUUUAAAUGCCAUUGAUGAUUUUCAGGAAAGUACAAAGACCCAUUACAUGGAUAUUGGCCAAGUAAAGGGUCAGAUUAUUGUGAAUAAAAUCCAAGAAAAAAAGCCGAAAGUUACGGUUGAAUUAGGGGGCUAUCUUGGCUACUCUGCUAUUUUAUUCGGUAAAGAGCUUUUACAAGAUCCUGCUGCUCAUUACUAUAGCCUUGAAGUGAACCCUACUUUCGCCGAAAUGGCUUUCAAGGUGAUUGAUUUAGCGGGACUUUCUCAUAAAGUGACGGUCCUUGUAGGCUCUGCGACGGAAUCUUUGGUUGCUUUGCAACAAAAACUUCGUAAAGAUGUCUCUGGUUCCCAUGCAUUUGAUUUUGUUUUUAUUGACCACUGGAAAGAUCUAUAUGUUCCUGACUUGCGAGUGAUGGAAUCCUUGAAUUUAGUCGCACCAGGAACUAUUUUGGUAGCAGACAACAUCUACAUCCCUGGGGCUCCAGAGUAUGUCGAGUAUGUACAAGGCAGUUCAGACUACAAGCAUGAGCACAAUGCCAGAGUUCGCAAUGUAAAUGGAUAUGACUAUAUUGGAAGAUGGGAUAUCUUGUAUGACUCGAAGACCGUACCUGUCGAACUUCAUGGAAGAAAGGAUGCUCUUGAAAUCACAUACUGCACUGGAUAUACUGAAAAGUGAUAAAAUGAACCCUUCGAAGUGAGCUAUUUAGACUCUUACUACACUCAUUCUUUUGCUUUGUUACGUUUGUUUUGAGACAUGUAUAACAUUUUUAAUAUAGUUUAAAACGAUUUCUCUUUAAAUGGAUUAUCCUAAAAAAGCUUGUUUGAUAUAUAAAACAUAUGCUCAUCAGUAGUCAUGUUCAUAGGUAGCUUUUGGCUUUCAGGACCUUUGUUGCGUAGACGAUACCAUAUUCAUCAUUUUGGUUAACCUUUCAUAUAUGCCCAUUGCGAGUUUCUAUAUGCUCAUCAGCUAGAAAUGAAUUGCAGCAAAGAGCAAAAUUUGAAAAUGAAAAAACAACCACGUACAGCACUAUACAUCUACC